AUGGCUUAGGAGACAGGAGCAGCUAUGGCUGACUCCACAGGUGAUCCAGAGACAGGCCAAGAUGUGGAAGAUCUGACAAAAAGCUUGGAGGAACUCUGUGAGAGCUCUAAGGAGCAGAGUGAGGAGGUGCUACUGCUUUCACACCUAGAACAGCAUCAUCAUCUUGUCUCUGUACUGAAGGGGAAAGUGGAUGACACACACAAACGCUGCAGAGACCUGGAGCAGCUCAACAUGGAGCUGGAGAAACUGAGGGGAGAGGAUGCUGUGAAAAUUAAAACCCAGACCCACCACAUUCAGUAUUUGGAGGGGCACUUCACAGAUCUGGUCAAAAACCAUGAGAAGAUGAUCCAGUUCAAAAAUGAGCAAAAACAGCACCUGCAGCUGUGGGAGGAGAGCAAGCGCCUGCAGCAGGACAGGGAAGCACUCUUCAGCCAGGCUGUGAGGAAGAAGGAAGCUGAAGUGCUCCAGCUGGCAGCCCAGGCCAGGAGGCUCUCACAGCAGUUCUGCUCCUUGCAGGAGAAAUAUGCUUCUGAGAGUCACAGAGCCCAGGAGCGAGAGAAGGAGCUGCUGGAAGCUCAGAGCCAACUAGCAGAUGCCUAUGCCCAGGAGGUGGAUUCAUUCAAGAGGCAGCUGCAGCUCCUACAGGAGAGGCAGCACCAAGCUGCUGCAAGGGCCGAGCAGGCAGAGAGCCAGCAGAGGGCUCAGGGCAGUGAGCUGCAGGCCAAGCUGGAAAGGGCACAUGAAGAGAAAGAGCAGCUACUGAACCUGGCCAUGGAGAGGAGCCAAGCUCUGCAAGAUAAGGAGCGGGAGAUUCAGAAGCUGGAGGAGAAGCUAGAGACUGUGGAGGAAGCCAUGCAGAGAGCAGGAAGGUGCCUCAAGAAAGAGGCAGCAGCAGCAGACAGAGAUCUGAAGGUUCAAGAGCUACAAGGACAGCUAGAACACAGCAAGCAGGCGUACAAUGAACUCUUGCUGCAGUUCAAUGCUUACAGAAAGCACAGUAUGGAUUUGCUGACUAAGGAGAGAGCUCUGAACAUCAAACUCCAUCACUUUGCUGCAUAA